CAGGCCAUCAAGGUAUAUGGACGAGCGAGGAAGUUUGUACCAAAGUUAGAGCAUUCAUUACCAAAGUAUUUGUUAGGAAUCAUCGGAAAGGAUGUGUGAAUGUGGAAAUCGAUAUUGUCAAGAAGCCGUCGACAGUGUAGAAGUUGUUGCAUUUUGUCCAACUUCGAAGAGAGAAUGGGAAAUCGCUGCCCGUAAAAAAAACUGUGAAAGAAUAGCAUCCAGGCAAAAGUGUGAUUUUGUAGAAAGAUUUAAGUAUCACUGUGUAACCAACGGAUUCAAAAAUAAAUUGGUGGAAGUGUGUGCACCUUCAAGAAUAAUUUUUGGACAUUGUGUAGAGUUUAAUGUUCAUGGUGGAGUUAUUCAAGAUCAGAUGUCGACUCCCUGCAACGAUAUGUUUCCCAAAUGUGACUCGAUCUAUAACUCAUCGGAUGCGUACAAAUAUCCUGAUUGUUAUAAGCUUGUAACAAAUGGUGAGGUUUCAUCCACAACGCCAAAAUUUACAACAUUAGCAACAUUCACAAGAAUUUCAUCAAAUAAACCAGGCUCUGUAGACACAUGGAUUAUUCCAGCAGCUGUUCCACUGGUCUUGAUCCUGAUUAUUAUGAUAUUCGUAGCAUUUAGAUAUAAAAAUUUGUUCCCAUGCUGCUCGCUUACAAGUCAAACUACAACAUCAUCGGAUAAAACUGGGUCUAGUGUUCGUCUUCUACAUACUAACAGAUGUCAAAACAUACGGGACACAAAUAAGGGAUAGAUGAUUAGAGACGCACAAGAAGACAAGGAAAUGCAUAAUCUGAAUGUUUAUACGUAAAAACUUAAGUGAUUUGACCUUCUUGUUUUACUUGCAAUAAUGUACAUGUGAGAGACUAAGAUUUUUAGACAUCUGUUAUAAAGAAAAUCGAUCAAGUGUGUUUGAAAUACAUAUUUAUUUAUAGCAUCGAACUUUAUUCAUUAGCAUAUAAAUAUCGAAAUUGAUUUGAUGAAAUCUAAAUGUGAGGAUAAAAAGAUACAAUAAUUGAUAAUCUGCUUUUUCUCUCGUUUUAUUAUCAUUUCAUGUGUUAAGGACGCUGUUAUGAUUUGUAUCUUCUCAUUAUAUAUGUGUGAAAUUUAAAAAAAAAUUAUAUUUGAAUACAAUUCCUGUAUAUGAACAUGACAUGAAUAUGCUUUCGGUGAAAUUUCUACCUUCUAACACAAUUUCAAUAAUUUUCAUACAAUGAUGUUAAAUAUUGGCGCCUCCAUUUUGGAGUCAAUAGUUUGGCUCGUUUUUAUUGUAAUAAUUAAGAAAUUAUCAAUGAUUUCUUGGACCAAUUACAAUUAGUCUCGUUCUGCUUUUUUUCUGCUAAAACGAAUGGUAUUUAUGGUCUUUAGUAAUAAGAGGAUAUAUACAGCAAAUGAAAAUGAAUUGCUUGAUAUGACUCGUUUACAAAUCAUUUGACAUUGUUUAUAGCCAAAUUUCUCACAAGUCGGGAGAAAACUAUGUGAUAUAAAUGUGAAAUAAAAACCGUUGAAUUUAACAAAUUCGCACAAAUGAAGAAAAUAGCAUAUGCAUUCACUUUGAACACGCUUACCGAAGUCUUCCUAUUCCUUGUCGAACGCUCCCAUCAGCUUCGUUAGUGUGAAAGCUGUUGCAGACGAGUGAAAAUUGUGUCAUCAGUACGACAAUGCAGUAUUUGUUAAGGCCAGAAACCAGGGCAAAAGCGAUGGCACAUUGUAAAAUGUUAAUCUUCAGAACAAAUCGG